AUGAGCAGCAACCAAAUGGGUAAGCUGAAAAGGAACAGACAGAUCAGGACAUGCGAAUACUGCUACAGUCACAAACUCAAGUGUGAUCGGAAUUCCCCGUGCAGCACAUGUGUUCGGACCAGAAGCGAAUGUGUCUACCAGUUCAAGCAUCUGAAAAAGGACCAGCGUGAUGCUUCAGCAGGAGAAGGCAGGAAAAAGAAUUUGAAUAAAGAGACCUCAGGUUUGGGUGGGGAACGGGGCGUGAAAGCCAAACCGAAGGUGACUUUCAAAUCAAGUGCAAGCAGUACGCCGCUGUAUUAUUCGAGAGCUUUCUACCCUUUCCUAGAACCCAGUUUGAAUCGGAUGCUAUUGUUUAAAAUGAGUGAGGUUGCUGAGCUUGAUUUUGAGAGGCUGUGCUCGGACAAAGCGGAGGGGGACGGUUUUCAAAGAUUCGGGCUACACUUCUCGAUGGGAGAAUUGGCGGAUGAAUAUCCAGGAAAAGAAGAGUUUGACGAAAUAAUCGACUUGUACUGGGAUUACAUCCACCCCCUAAUCCCCAUAAUUGAAAAGGAGAGGACAGUGGCAAAUUAUCAGACAUUCUGGAACGAGUUCAGUGACGAGGAAAACCCUCAAUUUGAUAUUGACUCGGGUAUUUUGUUUUUGUCCAUGCUCUUUGCCGUCAAGACAGCGUUCGAAGUAAAUGAAAAAAGCCCCGACAGGAAAGAAGAGUUGAAACAACAGAAAAAUAACAUUCUUAACAUAUUCGAGAAGUUCAAGCUAGUCUUCGGUCUUAUCUCCAACGCCAAUCUUUCCUUCAUUCAAGCAUCUCUGAUUCUCUACCAAAGCGGAUCCAUCUAUUACAUUGGGAUCUUCACAUAUACCGCGUCGUUGGCAAGACAGGCAGAGUUUAUGGGCUUGCAUAGAGAUCCAUUUUUACAUGACGUGAAUCCGAAUAAAGAGCUCAUCAAAGACGUUGAAAUAAAACGGAUAGUCUGGCACUAUAUCAGAUUCUUGGAUACCGCAACUUCAAUCACCGCCGGUAUGUCACCGCACAUGAUUAUGACUAACUCCUCCACGCGAUUUCCAUCCAAAAGAGACUACAACUCAGAAACUCAGAAAUUUGAUGGCCCCUUGAACCCUUUCAUGAUCUUCACCAUUUGCAGGUUCAAAUGUAGCUUGGUUAUGGAAACCAUUGCACACUAUUUAAACUCGGACUUUUCAAGUGAUCAAGAAAAACAACUUCGAUGGGAAAGUAUAACCAGAACUGUGAUGGCCUUGUACCAGGAUAUCAAUGCGUUGGUCAAAGAAAUCUUCAGUUGCUCUGGUAAUCCCAAAUACUCUAACGUGCUUCUCAGAUGGUUGGUUUCGAACGCGGCCAUCAUUGUACAUCGUACAUAUUUGUUGCAUAUCGUUUGUGAUAGAAGGCCCUAUUCCCACCAGAACAGAGUAAUCCUCAAACCUCUCAACGGGCCGCAUGUUGGUCUAACCAACUUAAGUCGAGCAAACUCAAACAGAGAAUUUUUUGAGCAAAUAUUAACUAUUCGCAUGCCAUAUCAUGGAGCUGGAGUUGAAGUUUCAAUGUUACUCUUGUAUGAAACAAGUAUAAGGGUUGGAUUGUCACCAGAAUUGAAUAAGUUUAAGUGGUUUACGAAGACUGCUAAUCCGUUCCAAUACAUCUAUUUCAUCUUGCGAGAUAUUUACCACUAUCCGACCAAAGUUUACAACUUUACCCACAUUCCGAAACAAAUUAGUAGCUUUAUAUUUGAUGAUGAUCUACUGAAUUUUGAAGGAGAUGUCCGGAAAUUUACGGUGGAUAUAUCGUUGAACGCGUUAUAUCGUUUAAAAGAUGAGUGGGCAGAUCCAAUCAGUGACAUGAUGAAUUUUUUGCUCGAGUUGAGAAAGUUUAUCUACAAAUCGGUUGCAACUAGAAAUCAAGCUGUGCCAAGCUCUGACUUCAAUGCUGGAGGUUGUGAGGUGGAACCUGAUUCGACGUUUGAGAUGGACAAGUAUAGAUCGAUUUACAACCUUCUUUCAACGUUGAACGAGGAACAAAGCUCCGGGUCAAACGUAGAGUCAAUCCCUUCAGCCAAGGACUUUUUAGAUGAAAAUAGUGGACACUUCUUACCAAGAGACCCUAGAAAUAAUGAUUUCAUGAACAUGAAAUACAACGUCAAUGUGGAGCAAAAGGAUUUUUUUACAAACAAACUGAACAAUUCUCUUAAUUCUAAUUUUGCUUCAAACAGUCCCCUAGAUUUUUCACCAGAUUAUAUGUCUCCUAACACACACAACUCAACUACGUACCAGCUUCCAUCUUUCCAGAAGAGUCCCGCAAUUUCACCCAUCCAAAAGCUGCAGCAAGGGCCCCAACUUUCACCAAUUCAUUUCUCGUCCGUUCAAUCUCCAACACCACCUCCAAUUCCAUCUAUGCAGUCUCCUUAUAUGCACCCAAUUGGUACACUUCCUCCGAUGCUUCAUAAUUCCGGUAGGAUUUAUACUGGCACAGGAAGGAAUGUUGACUUCAAUAGGAAAGAGGGUGUCACUUAUGAUUCCACCGUUCUGACUCAUACCCCAAACGUUUCAAACACCAGACUGAAAUCCACCAUCUCGAUGGUUAAUAGAAAUAGUACUUCAUCAACCCCACCCCAGGGGUAG